GGGGUUAUAGAAGUGCGUUGAGUGGAGUAGAGUCAGUCGUUGUGUGGACGAACUGCCGAACAGUGCUCUGAGCUAACCGGACACACUAACAGCUGACAAGAUGGCCACGAUCAAGGACCGAGUUGGGCUUUCAGAGCUGAACGACAACAAGAACAACCUCGGCAAGGCGUUAAUCGCUGAGCUGGUGGGAACUUUCGUCCUCAACUUCUUCGGCUGCAUGAGCUGUUUGAACCUCGGCGACCAAAGUACUCCUGCAGACCUCGUCCUUAUCUCACUAGCCUUCGGUCUCUCCGUCAUGGCUAUGGUCCAGACGAUCGGCCAUGUGAGUGGAUGCCACAUCAACCCCGCGGUCACCUUCGGUCUGAUUGCUGGAGGAAGGGUGUCCAUCAUCAGAGGACUUCUGUACGUCGUCGCCCAGUGCAUCGGAGCGGUAGCAGGGUCUGCGGUUGUUAAGGCGCUGACUCCAGAUGCCUACCAAGCUUCCCUGGGCAACACUGGUCUCCAAGCUGACAUGACCGUCACUCAGGGCCUCGGCAUCGAGUUCUUCCUUGGGUUCGUCCUGGUGGUCGUCGUCUACGGAGUCAUUGACCCCAACAAGGCUAACGACAAGACCCCAGCCGCCCUUGUCAUUGGGCUAACUGUUACUCUGGGUCACUUGGCUUGUGUUGACUACACUGGCUCUAGCAUGAACCCCGCUCGUAGCUUUGGAUCAGCUGUCGUUUCCUCUGGAUGGGACAACCACUGGGUGUACUGGGCAGGUCCUAUCAUGGGAGGUAUCGCCGCUGGUCUCCUCUACACCAACGUGUUCCAGGCUCCCCAUGAGGAGUACUCCGCCGUCCACGCCGAGGAGAAAGAGCAAAAUCAGUUUAAAGCAAGCCUCCUUGAAUUGAGGGGUUCUAUAGUGGACCUUGUGAAAAUACAGCUGAAGAGACUCGACGGUAAGAGCGAGGACGGGCUUGCUUGAUCUGUGUAUACACUCGACAAGUCAGAAACCUCCGCUAGACUGCAGCACCUAAGUCUUCUUCAUCCCAAGAUUACGCCCAUCGACAACAGAUAGAGUUGGCAUCGCUGUCGCCGAGCAGUGUUGCCAAACUUCUACAGUGUUGCCAAGUUUUCUACAGCGUUGCCAAGUUUAUAUUACUUUCACUACGAUUGCCCCUGAUAAUGUGUUAUUCUGAAUUAGUUUGUGUAAUUAUGUUGUAAACAUCAGUUAAAUUUUGUUUUAAAGGUUUAAUUUUUAAAAAGGGCUUUACACUGCCAAAAGUGAAGUUUAUAAACGUGGUAAUGUCUAAUGUGAUUAUACAUUUGUGGGAUUUAGAAGAUUUUCAGAGACAGUUCAUUGACUUGUGAAAAUGUUUACGAUAAACUUGUUAUAACCUCAGUUUUAUCAAAGAAUGUAAAUUGACACAUUUUGAUGUUAUUUAUUGUUGUGAAUUUUUAGUUGUAGGACUGCUUAGUAGAUUUUGUGACUUUUAUAUAUAGUUUUUGCAUAAACUAAAGUCAAGCGCAAAAGCGUCUAAAAGCUGUCAAUUAUAGAGUAAGAUUGUUUUCAUUCAUUCGACUACUUUCAUUGUAAAUUAUCAUCACCAUUGACAUAAUAUUAGAGUAGUUAUAUUUGUAAAAAUAAUAGUCUAAUAAAGUUAUAUUUUAAGUAAA